AUGUAUCUCAUUUACGGACGCCGGGCCGUCACCAUUGUUGUCAUUCCACUGAAUGCACUGAGCAAUCAUCAGGUGAGUUUUUCUGCCGACUGGGCUUGCUGGACCGACAUUCGUGCUGAUUUCCGCAGUCACAUGCUUCUUUCAGGCUGCCAAUCUCAAUUGAAAGGGAAAGAACGCGAUUGUCGUAUCUGAGGAGACCUGGAGAGACGGCGAGCUGUACAGGCAGUUGGACGACCCCAAUCACAAGAUCUCCUUCAUUCUGAUCGUAUGUGCCGGUUGA